CCCUGGUGACGUUUUGAAGUAACGCGAAGUCAAGAUGGCGGCUGUAGACGUGGAAGACGAGAGUAUUUUGGUGUCUGUGUUUAAAGACAGCUUUCCGGAGAACUGGAGAGAAAACCCGGACUUCGCGACGUAUCUGCUGGAGCUGAGUUCUUACGGGGUCGAGAAGUUGAACCGUGAGCCGGAGCGCCUGUCCGAGGAGCGAGCGCAAAUCCUGCAGCAGACGCGCGAGCUCGCCUUCUCCAACUACAAGACGUUCAUCCGCACCGCCGACUGCACCAAGGAGAUCUACCGAGACUUCGGCCGUGUGGAGGGCAGCUUAUCCAAACUCCUCGAUAAACUGCCGAGCUUCGGAGAGAAAUGCAGAGGCUUUGUGAAAGAAGCAGAAGAAAUCGGGGCGAGUCGGCGGAUGAACAGCCUGACUCUAAAUCGCCACACGGAGAUCCUGGAGAUUCUCGAAAUCCCGCAGCUGAUGGACACCUGCGUUCGGAACGGCUACUACGAGGAGGCGCUGGAGCUCGCCGUCUAUGUCAAGCGACUUGAGAAAAAGCACUCGUCACUUCCUGUGAUCCAGGGCAUCGUAAAUGAGGUGCGUCAGUCGGCCCAGCUCAUGCUGAACCAGCUCCUCCAGCAGCUGCGCAGUAACUCUCAGCUCCCUGUGUGUCUGCGCGUGAUUGGCUACCUGCGCAGGAUGGACAUCUUCACCGAGGCGGAGCUGCGUGUGAAGUUCCUGCAAGCGCGCGGCAGCUGGCUGCGUUCCAUGCUGGCCGCCAUUCCUGACGAAGACCCCUACGUUCACAUCACCAAAACCGUCGAGGCUUGCCGAGUCCACCUCUUCGACAUCAUCACUCAGUACCGCGCCAUCUUCUCGGACGAGGACCCGCUGCUGCCCGUUGCUGAGCAGGCCGUCAACGAGGGCACCAUUUUCCAUGGCUGGGUGGUGCAACAGAUCUCGCACUUCCUGCAGACGCUGGAACGGGAUCUGGAGCGCGGUGUGGGAAGCCGUUUGGACUCCCUGCUCGGCCAGUGCAUGUAUUUCGGCUUGUCUUUCAGCCGCGUGGGCGCAGAUUUCCGUGGGCAGCUCGCACCCAUGUUCCAGCGCGUCGCCAUGGAGACGUUCGGCAAAGCCGUUAAAGAAGCCGUGGACAAAUUCAAGGAGGAUAUGAAUCUGUACACGCUCAUUUCCCUGCCGUCGAUGCUCGGGAACACCAUCCCGGCCAUGCCCGCCGGUGUCCAGCCCGGAACUCUCCAGCCCCCCAUGCGUUUGUUGGACUUUCCUCCGUUAGCCUGCUUCCUGAACAACAUCUUAACGGCCUUCAAUGACCUGCGGCUCUGUUGCCCCAUCGGAUUAGCUGAAGAUGUUGCCAGAUGUGUCGAGGAUGCCCUUGUGAAGGUGACCAAACUGAUCCUGGUGUUCCACCGAGCGGAGGAGUCGGCCUUCAGCAGCCGCGAGCGCGAGUUAUUCAUUCAGUUCUGCUGCGCCUUUGCCGAGGACAUGGUGCCCUUCAUCAACCGGUGUCUCCAGGUUCUCUUCCCACCGGCGCAGCUCGCACAGAUCCUUGGCGUCCCCGCAAGCCAAAUACACAAACACGGCAACGUCGGCUGCGUGAACGUGAGCGCCGUGCUGGAACCUCUAGACUUCGUCCUGCCUAAGAGAGAACCCGUGUCCCCGGCGCUGGACCUGUCCGUCGAGCUGAGCAGCUUGAGCACUACUGAACCAGAACCUCUGGCUCCAACCGAACCUUCGUUUUCAGAGAAACCUCCUGAAGAGGCACCAGAACCUGGAGCGGAACCGGACCUCAACAUCCAGCACCCUCAGGAAGCAGAACCUUCCCAUGAUUCAGCAGAACCCAGAACAAACAAUGUGGACAUGGAGCAGAACGAUGCAGGAGACGUGACCCUGACCAGCGCAGAUGACCAGUCACUACAGCACUAAACUACGUUUUUUUUUACUUUUCUGUGAAUUCUAGUUGGUCAGUAACCUGCCUGGGGAAAGUCUUAUGUCUUAUAUAUUUAAUAAUGUGUAAAUUGUUUAAUGUUGCAGUGUGUGUGUGUGUAUUUUCUGGCACCUUUGGAAGCUUUAUGAAAAGCAGGGAUUAAAUCUUGCACCAAGACGUGAUAAAUAACGUAUAUUUAAAACA